UCGACAGCAGGAGAUCGGGCUGUUUGGUCAUUCUAAUGCAGAAAGGGAACAUAUAUAUUGCCAUUGAGCAUGGACAACUGAGGACACACAACUUCAAGGGAUGGAAAUAUUGUCAUCUUCACACCGUGAGACUAUUCUGCAGAUGUGGGCAUGCGCACUGCAUCGGUUCUACAGGGGACGGGAAGACAUCACGGAAAAACUCGCUGUACACCGAAACCCCCACGCUGAAAUUCAUUCUUGGUUGCAGUGUAGCACGACUACCGACUACCAUGUUUGAUACACUGUUGAAGUCAGGGACUACUUGACACCCUGGCGAUUUAAGUCGCCGCAAAACCGUAUCAAAUACCGUAUGGGAACAGUAUGCGGGAAAUGGUUGGAGGUUGCUGCGUGUGUUCCGAUGAGCGAGGCUGGGCUGAAAAUCCUCUUGUAUACUGUGAUGGGCACGGGUGCAGCGUCGCUGUUCACCAGGCGUGCUAUGGUAUUGUCCAGGUGCCCACUGGCCCGUGGUUCUGUCGAAAAUGUGAGUCUCAGGAGAGAGCUGCCAGAGUGAGAUGUGAGCUGUGCCCUCACAAAGAUGGCGCCCUCAAGAGGACAGACAGUGGAGGCUGGGCCCAUGUGGUUUGUGCACUCUACAUUCCCGAGGUGCAGUUCGCCAACGUUCUCACCAUGGAGCCUAUCGUACUACAGUACGUCCCUCACGACAGAUACAUCAAGACGUGUUAUAUCUGUGAGGACCAUGGGCGAGAGAGCAAGGCUGCGUGUGGGGCCUGCAUGACGUGCAACCGGCAGGGCUGUCGACAAGCCUUCCACGUCACCUGUGCUCAGAUGGCUGGCCUGCUGUGUGAGGAGGAGGGCCCCGAGGCUGACAACGUCAAGUACUGUGGCUACUGCAAGCACCAUUACAUCAAGAUGCAGAGGAAGAUGCGCUCCAGUGGAGAGAACACCGAACGCGGCUCCUUCGGCCACUCCAGGGGGGGCUCCACGUCCCCCGCCCAGGACAAACACGGCUCCCACCACCACAGGCUCAGGAAGAGUCACAAGGACAAGGUGAGGCAAAAGGAGAGGCAUAAAAAGUCAUCUGAUGGUCUGGGGUCCUCACUGUCCAGCAGUAUAGUAGACAAGUUGUCGUCGGGUCACCACAGCAACAAGGACAGCGAGGGGAAUUUGAAGAGGAUGAGCUCUCACGGCCAGCUGGGACACCGCAGUAAGAAGACAGGAAGCAUUGGCAAGAGCUGCUCCUCUUCCUCUUGCUCCUCCAGUCCCUUCAACACGGGUGGCGGCUCCCAAGACCUCCUCCAGUUCUCCUCUACCUCUCGUUUGGAGCGCGACCCCGACCGAGGAGCGGACGAGCACGGCGCCGAGGAGCCCCGGGACGAGCGGACCAGACGGACAGCGCCUGAGGAAGAUGACGAGGAAGGGGUGGAGGAAAAGGAAGAAGAGAAAGAAGAGGAGGAGGAAUUGGACAAUAGUAAAUACCACAACAAGGCCUCUCUGCAGCCCCCGGCCCUGACCCCGGUUGACGGACCUCACGGAGGGUCGUCGCAGGGUCACGAGAGGUCAGAGGGCGAGACCAACUCUUUCGAGACCAAGGUCACCAUCUCCACCUUCGGCUCCAUCAUGCGCAUCACUUCCUCCUCGGGUGGGAUAGGCAGCGGCAGCAGCAAGCUCCGCAAAAUCACUUCCUCCUCCUCGGGGGACUACAAGCUUUCCAAGUCGCUUCUCAAGUCCCCGCACCUAGCCACGCCCCCUAUACUGGAGGAGGCCAACCUAGAGGAGGACAAGGCCACGCCCCCACCACCGCUGCCAACACACCGGGAGAGGAGGCACCGUGGCAACAAGAAGAGCCGGCACGGUCCGGGGCGCCCGCGGGGGAGCAAGAACCGGGAGCGGACGGAGAGGCGAGAGGAGGAGUACCGUCACCACACGGCUCCUGCUCCACCUCCUUCCCUAACCUCCUCCUCCACAUCGUCCUCCUCGCUCUUCCCCAGCUCCUCCUCCCUCCCCCACACAGCGUACUCCUCCACCCUGCCCACCUCCUCCCUCUCCUCCUCCUUCCCCUCCUCCUCCACUUCCUCUAGCGUCAGUUUCUCCACAGGCCGCGGCAAUACGCUGCUCGGCUCCGGAAUCUACACCUGUCACGAGGGCCCUCUGUCUUUGAGUGGGAGUGUCUGUAACACCCCUCUAUCGUUGGGCGGAGGCGUAUGUAGCACCGCUCUCUCUUCAGGACUCCUGCCAUCUCACGUCUCCACACUGUCACUUCAACCAGUCAACUCUGCCCUCAGCCCACAGGUGCAUGUUCCAUGUUCCAGUUCUUCCUACAGCCUCAGCUCCUCUCAGCCGUUUGGCAGGGUCUUUUCUACUGCCCGUACACUGCCCUCACUACUGAGCCAAGCCCAGACCUCACUUCAAGAGUCCGAGAUGGACGACUGUCGCUUCCCAUGUCACGACAACUCGCCACGAGAGAGCCUUUCCUCACAGUCUCCUAUGAGCUGUCUGCCUCUACUGUUUGACCAGAGGGAGGGUGUGGGCCCUGGGGUCAGAGGUCGCCCUGAAAACGUCCCUCCAUCCAGCUCCCACAUAGAGCUCCUCCUGGAGAAGCAUGGCAACGGAGAAAUGGGUGCCAACAUUGUAGAGAUGCUCCAGUCCCUCCACUCGCUGCAGCAGGAGAACCAGCGUCUCCAGGACCAGAUUCUCAGCCUGACGGCCAAGAAGGAGCGGCUGCAGCUGCUCAACGUGGAGCUGGCCUGUCCCUUCCCCCCGCAGGUCCACCACUCCCACCACUCCGCCCAGGGCCUAGUGCCCACCACCACCCACAUCAGCUUCCUCUCCUCCGCACACGACCCCCUCAGCACCAAUAAGAGUCCCCUGUCUAAAUGCUGCUUCCUGAAUGAUACCUCCUUCAUCACCUCAUCCGAGGAGCUCCACUCUGGUAGUCCCUCCCGCAGUAGCUCCUCCCUCUCCUUCCAGAGCACUCCGCCCCCACAGCAGAGUCCCGCCUCCUUCGGCCAGCCCUUGCUGAACGGGCUGGGUGGGCGGGGUUUGACUGACAGCCUGGGGGGCCUCAGUCAGGCCAGCAGUUCCAUGGUGGGCGGGCUCAUGGUCUCCCUAGCAGGAAGUCCCCAGCUGAACAUGAACGGCGUGCUGGGCAGCCUGAACGGGGUGAUCCAGUCACCUGUCCAGAACGGACCCCAGCCCACCCUGCCGGCCCUGCGGCCCCAGCCUCCUCCUUUGGGCCCCCAGGGACUGGCACAGGGCCUGCAAAUCCCCAAGAGCAUGAGUCCGUCUUCCCUCCUGUCUGAGCAGCAGAAGCAGCUCCUUCUCCAGCAGCACUUCACUCCAGAGCAGCAGGUGGUGGUCUAUCAGAUGCUGCAGCAGCAGUGGCAGAGGGAGCUACAGCGCCUCACACUGACCGGGGCCCUCACCUCCACCCCCACUGCCCAGUCCCCAAACCUGGGGGCCUCGCCCCUGCAGGGUGGCCAGGGAAACCCCCUCUUCGGCCUGCAGGAGAAUGCACUUCACAAGCCCGGGGUGAGUGCCGAUAUGCAGUUGUUCGAGACUCCUUAUUUGAAUAGGCCAUUGUAUAUGUCAAUUCUUGAUCGACUGAAGCUUUAAAGAAUAAACUUCUUAAAGAAUAAACCUUUCUAGAAGGUUGACUUGCUUUGUAAUGCUGUUAAACCUGAGGAUAUAAUGUUGAUACAUGUAUGUGUGGGCCGAACAUCUAAACUCACAGGUCAGUUUUAAAUGUGUUUAAUUUCAGGGGGUGGGAGAGAAGGGCGGAGACAACAAUGGCUGAUAUGUUAUCUUCGUGUCUGAACUGUUGCAGCUAUAACAGGGGAAAGGAAAGUAAUUGAGCUGUUCCAUCAGAAACUAAUGUCACCUUUAAUCUCCAUCUGAAAGACUCUUGAGCUCUCUGUCUUCUAUCAUCUCUGUCUUCCCCCUCUUUUAUGAAUGUAUAAUGGAAUCGAUUUAAACGGUUAUGUUUUAUUUCUUAUGCAUUGAAUUCCUUUUAUUUGAGGACGUUUUUUUUCCUUCCAGGUCUGUGUGUGUGUAGGCAGCUUUCAGAGAGCAUGAAUACAGUGGUCUGUAAUUGAAUUGCACUAAUCUGUUAGCUAGACCAAUUGGGUUCACUCUUGUAGCAAGAGCCAGAGACUCUGGUGUCCUGGCGGUAAAUGUGGAGAGUAUUGGGGUCCAGCAUAGAAAUUGGACUCUGGUGAUCAAUUCCAAAUCAACCCCUAGCCGCUACUCUCAAGGCACUUCCUGAGAUCUGAAAUGAUUCGAUGGGCGUAAACAACAUGACUAUUCCACCUAGCCAAUCAGAAGACAUGGUAAACUUUAAACCUAUCCAAUCCUUUUAGAUCUCCUGGAGUGCCUAUGGGUAGGGCUAAGUGUCAACUUGGAAUUUGGGUGUGAGUGUUUUGGGCCAAAGUGUCCUUAGGCCAUAACUUUACUGAAGCACUGACCCUCCGCUUAAGCAAUUAUACCCCUGUGGAACCAAUGUAUCCCUCUAAACAUCCUUGUUGAGGACAAUCUGUCUGAAACCUCUCUAAACAUCAACUGUCUUCCUCAAGGUCUGUCUUCCUUUCAUUUUCUUCCCUCCCAUAUAUUAUACAACUAUGAUAUUCCUAUUCUAUCCUAUUAAAUGUCACAGCUACAGGCUGGCAUCAAAUGAUCCGGGGACUGGCAUUGACAGUGUAGAGUGUGAACUAUGCCUCAGUCCACCCCUGAGAAUUUAGAGAGAAUGUAUGAUCUUCAAUAUGCGUGCCGCUGCCAAGAUUAAUCAAACGAAACCAAACAUUUGAAAAUUGUCCCAAGUAAAUAUGUAAGAAAUUAAUAUUUUUGUUUCCUCAACCCAUGUGUACUUCGCUGAUAUAUAACCUAAUAAGGGACAUUUGGAUACUUGGAACUGAUAAGUUAAUGAUUGAUUAGUAUGAAUAUUUUGCACUCUAUCCUGAAGUGUUAGUGUUUUCUUAUUUGUUUUGGUUGUACAUAUUGUUCUGUUGAUGCCCGGGAAACUAGUUGUUCUUUUAGCAAUACUGUAUAGUUGUCAAUGCCUUAAAAUAAUGCUAGAGUUACUGAGGAAAAUCAACUCACACUUAACAGCCAAAAGGCAGCUUCUUUUGUCUUAUUCAUUUCUUAAUCUAGUUUUUGUUCUGGUUACAAUUUACCGUUAUUUCAGAUUUAGGCGAAAGCACUCUUUUCAAUCUUACCAUUUAUACUAUUGAUAGGCAACGGUGAUAAUGUCAACAAUUGUAAAAUGAAAAUAUGUUUAUUGGUAAAUCUCAAAUCGUCUGUAAAUUGUGUCUUAAGAUGCUGCUCAAUGUUUUAGAAGAACUGACAAGCAACAUCCCAUGUUAGAUGGUAUCACUUUACUUUGUCUUAAGAUCUAUAAAAAUGCGGUCAUAGUAAUGACAUAGUCACAAAUACCAUGACUGCUAUGUUCUUAUACAAUUGUGACUCAAACUCUUAUUGGUGUCAUCAGGUUCAAAUGUUGAUUCAAUUGUCAUCAGGUGACUUUAUCUGUUAUGAUACGACUGCCCAUGACAUCUGUUACGUCAUUCUAGUAACACCAUUAUGUACAGUAUGUCUUACUACUGAGAUCAUGAUGUCAAGUUAUAAAAUGUUACCAUUCAGAACACAUAGGCAACUCGGGAACUCUAAUAUGUAACUUUCUUUACUGCAUCUCCUUUCCUGUGUGGCACAUAACAACAGGUCCUUCUGUGCUGGGAUCAAGCUAAUCUAUUAACAUUGGCCGUUCUCCCAGGUCUUUUAACUCACUGUUAGACUGGAAUAAUAUUUUUCCUUUGCGGUGUUCGUUACUAAUCUUAUUCGAUCAUUUCCUCAUUUAACUACGGUCAACGAUCAUUCCCAAAUGUGUGUUAGUUUUCCGUUUGCGACCUCGAUAUUGACCUCCCCGUACAUGUGAUAUCCGGUAAGUAUUAGAUCUGUUCUGUUUUUGUUGUUAGUUAACAGUGAGGAGCUUUCAAGCGACUAUUGUUAGUUGGUUAAAAUACUGUAGCAACGAGACGAUAGGAGAAUGUUAACGUUGACAACACAUGAGCCUAUUCCUCCACAUUGACAGGACUUCCGAAGGAGGUCUGCGGUUGAACAAGUACGUCCUUAUGAGUUGUUGUACGAUUAAGGUUGAAAAAAAAUCUAGGAAAGAACAUGUCGAAGAGGUUGUUUUGACUGAAAGAGUACCUCGAAGGAAUCUUGAAAGGGAAUCUUUCCCAUGUUGCACUGGGGCGAUUUGGCCCAAUAAAUGUAAAUCUUUUUUUUAUAUAUAUAUAUACUUUUGUUGUUUUUUUAUUGUUUGAGUGCAAAUUGUAUACUUAAAUGUGUUUGUGUAUAAACACAUUCAUUUUCUAAGCUUUGAAGUUUGGGUAACCAAGAUAAUCCAUGUUAUUAUGUACGUAUGUUGUUAUGUGUAUCUGUUAUGUAUUACAUCAUAUUUAAGCACCUCUCUCUCAAUGAAGUUUGACAAAAAAAUGGAGCUAACUUCUUGGGACAUAAAAUGCAUGAAAUGCAGUUAAGUCUCGCAAAUCAGUAGCUAAAUACCAAGUUUGACUACGCAUAGUUUUUAAAUGCAUUGUUCUCAAAAAAUGUUUUAGGAAAUUUAAGUUGAGCACUGCAUUUAAGAAAAGACAAGCAUUGUUGUCAAUGUACAGUGUAUUUGUUAGAGAGAAUUAAUCAACAAUUUGCCAAUAUUCAGAUUUAAUGCCCUGUAAAGUAUUUUGAUAUUUUUGUGUAAAAAUUGAGGUACAAUUAAGACGACUGAACUUUUACUGUCAAUAAAUGUAUUUUACUGA